AUGGGAAGUAAUCAUCAAGCUGGUGGCCAGAAUACCGCAAAAAGUAUCGCAAUCGAGAAUACACCACUCCUAUCUUCCACCAGAAAUGAUACACCAAUAAUUGAGGAAGUAGUGGUAGAUAAUGAUGAUGAUUCAACAGGAACGGAUAUUGAUACUAAUGAAUUCGACCUUCUGAUGUAUCGAAACCACUCCGGAAAAAUCAUCUAUACUUCGAAAUUCCCGAAUCCAUCAUCAUCCCAACCUAGGAUCUAG